GACCGUCGCGUGGAAAAGACGACACACUGCUCGUUGUGCGGUACUCCAGAGCUAGAGCUAGAGCUGAGGGACUGACUUCCUAUGUGUUGUGUUCGGUAGGCGCCUUAUUUGCUCUGCUCGUCGUCGCCGGUGAAGUCAUCCGUUUCUGUUUUGUUGACUGAGAAGAUACGGGAAGCCGCCUCUUCUAGGAUGCUAGGCGCGCUCAGUGAAGACGUGUGUAAAUGCCUUCGGCCGUGAUAAGGAAAUCCAAAAUCAACGGUUGGAUUUUUAGUUUUCUGUGCCGCGCGCCCUGGAGUGUUGAGUGCGCGGCGGUGCUGAUUUAGUGAAAUUGUGGAUCGCAAUUUGUUGGAAUUGGUUCUGCUGCUGGGGCCCACUUGGAAGAAAUGACUCAAAGUCACGUGAGCUCGAAAUUGAACUCGUGCGUUGCGGUUUGUUGAGACAGAGCAUAUGCUGGACUGAGGAAGUUGUAAGAUGAUUCUACAUCGGGCACAAGCAUUUCAUUCAAUAACUGCUAGUACUCUGUGAUGACGUCGGAAAUGUGUCAUAAAUCAACAAAGCAAUCGAUCCUAAUGAAAGUGCCUGUGACAAACGGUGAGUGUGAUUAAUUGAGUGUGUGUGUCACGUGCCUUUGGGGGGGGACGGUCUCGCAAAGAACAAAGCGUGGAGUGACCUAAGACAACCGGCUUAAUUGAAAAGAAGAAAAAACACGAGAAGAACAAGCACAACGCCAACGAAGAAAAAAUGGAAUGGUCAUGGCUGAGAGAUUGGUGGCGAUUGAAGCGCCCUAGACGUAAACAUCGGCGCAACAGGCCGGCCAUAGCCGGUGAAGCCGGUGGUGAUGCUGGUGCGCCAGAUGAUCAUGGGGGCGGCGGCGGUGCGGAUGGUGAAUUAGAAUUUUCCCAUGGUCACGGGGAGCACGGUGAAGGCGACGCCGGCGGUGACCGCUGUUGUUACUACGAUGAAGGAGAAGACGACGAGGACUACAUCUGCUACUGUGACGAAUGUAUGAAUGGAGAUCUCGAGUCGACGGAUGGCCUGGACUCGGACGAUUCGUCCAUCACGUACAAACAGGUGGUGGUGGCCGUCUGUGCCAUGGCCAAAAAGUCCCAAUCGAAACCGAUGAAGGAAAUUCUGACCCGGCUGCAGGAGUUCGAGUACAUCCGCAUGAUUGUGUUCAGUGAGGAAAUCAUCCUGAAGGAACCGGUUGAGAAGUGGCCCCUAUGUGACUGUUUGAUAUCGUUCCACUCGAAGGGGUUCCCGUUGGAGAAGGCCAUCCAGUACGCCCAGCUACGGCAACCGUACGUGAUCAACAACUUGCACAUGCAGUUCGAUAUACAGGUAGAUCGAAGGCGCGUGUAUUCCAUUCUGGAAAAAGAGGGCAUUGAGAUUCCGCGGUAUGCGGUCUUGGACAGGGAUUCGCCAGAUCCGAAACAACACGAGCUAGUAGAAUCGGAAGAUCACGUAGAGGUGAAUGGGAUAACUUUCAACAAGCCCUUUGUGGAAAAGCCUGUAUCGGCUGAGGAUCACAAUAUCUACAUCUACUAUCCAACGUCGGCUGGAGGUGGCAGCCAACGGCUGUUCCGAAAGAUUGGAAGUCGAAGUAGCGUGUAUUCGCCGGAGUCUCGGGUGCGCAAAACUGGGUCUUUCAUCUACGAAGACUUCAUGCCGACCGAUGGAACGGAUGUGAAGGUUUACACGGUAGGGCCGGAUUACGCCCAUGCCGAAGCGAGGAAGAGCCCGGCGCUCGAUGGGAAGGUGGAGCGGGAUAGCGAUGGCAAGGAAGUGCGCUAUCCGGUCAUCUUGAGCAACGCAGAAAAGUUGAUUUCGCGCAAGGUUUGCCUGGCAUUCAAGCAAACCGUGUGCGGAUUCGAUCUGCUGCGUGCCAAUGGGAAAUCGUUUGUCUGUGAUGUGAACGGGUUUAGUUUCGUGAAAAAUUCCAACAAGUACUACGACGAUAGUGCGAAAAUAUUGGGUAACAUGAUCCUUCGGGAGUUGGCGCCGACGCUACACAUACCGUGGUCGGUUCCGUUUCAGCUGGAUGAUCCGCCGAUUGUUCCAACAACGUUCGGAAAGAUGAUGGAAUUGCGUUGCGUUACGGCCAUCAUACGACAUGGCGACCGUACACCCAAGCAGAAGAUGAAGGUCGAGGUUAGGCAUCAGAAGUUUUUCGAAAUUUUCGAAAAGUACGACGGCUACAAAUACGGACAUAUCAAGCUGAAACGGCCGAAGCAGUUGCAGGAAAUUCUGGAUAUCGCCAGGUCGCUGCUUGCCGAGAUUCAAACCAAGGCUGCCGAUUCGGAGAUCGAAGAGAAGCAGAGCAAGCUGGAACAGCUGAAGAGCGUUCUGGAAAUGUACGGCCACUUUUCCGGAAUCAAUCGCAAGGUGCAAAUGAAGUACCAGCCGAAGGGACGACCUCGCGGAUCGAGUUCUGACGAUGGUAAACACCAUUCUAUAGAUGCCCCGAAGGAACCGUCCCUGGUUCUGAUACUGAAAUGGGGUGGUGAACUCACGCCAGCAGGUCGCAUCCAGGCGGAGGAACUCGGGCGGAUCUUCCGCUGUAUGUAUCCCGGAGGGCAGAGUCGCGAUGGCAAGGAAGCUCCCGGUGCGCAAGGUCUAGGUCUUCUACGGUUACAUUCCACGUUUAGGCACGAUUUGAAGAUCUACGCGUCGGACGAAGGCCGCGUCCAGAUGACAGCGGCUGCCUUUGCCAAAGGACUGCUCGCUCUGGAAGGAGAACUAACACCAAUUCUGGUGCAGAUGGUGAAGAGUGCCAACACAAAUGGUCUGCUGGACAACGACUGCGACUCGAGUAAGUAUCAAAACAUGGCCAAGUCGCGACUCCACGAACUGAUGCAGAUCGAUCGCGAGUUCACGGUUGAGGAUCGAGCCGCGAUCAACCCGGGCAAUGCCAUCAGCAUCAAUCUGGCGAUGGACUUCGUGAAGAAUCCGGUCAAGUGUUGUGCUCACGUACACUCGUUGAUACAGUCGUUACUUGGGGUGGUCGCCGUGAAACGAGAUGAUCUCAAAACUAGGGACGCAGUGCUGUAUCACGGGGAAACCUGGGAGCUGAUGGGCCGACGGUGGGGCAAGAUCGAGAAGGAUUUUUGUACAAAGAACAAAAAUUUCGACAUAUCCAAGAUUCCGGAUAUCUACGACUGCAUUAAGUACGAUCUGCAGCAUAACCAGCACACGCUUCAGUUCGAUCUGGCGGAAGAACUGUACAUCUACGCCAAAUAUUUGGCGGACAUUGUGAUUCCACAAGAGUACGGUCUCACCGUACACGAAAAGCUGACAAUCGGACAGGGUAUCUGUACGCCGCUGUUGAAGAAGAUCCGUGCAGAUUUGCAACGAAACAUUGAGGAGGCCGGGGAUGAGAGCGUCAACCGACUAAAUCCUCGCUACAGCCAUGGAGUGUCCAGCCCGGGAAGACACGUCCGUACCCGGUUGUACUUCACCAGCGAGAGUCACGUCCAUUCCCUGUUGACGGUGCUACGCUACGGAGGGCUGUUGAACAUCUUGACCGACGAGCAGUGGCGCCGAGCCAUGGAGUACGUAUCCAUGGUGUCCGAACUGAACUACAUGUCGCAGAUUGUGAUAAUGCUGUACGAAGAUCCGACCAAAGAUCCGUUCUCCGAGGAACGCUUCCACGUCGAGCUGCAUUUCAGCCCCGGGGUGAACUGCUGCGUUCAGAAGAACUUGCCUCCGGGACCUGGGUUUAGGCCGCACAGCCGGAAUGAUUCCGUCACGUCGAAGAAUGCGAGUGGCGAUGAGGAAAGCACCUCCCGCAUCGACGAGGAAAACGAUACCGAGGAGGAAAAUUCCUACGGUUCCAGUCAAACCUUGUCCAAGGAUGCUUCUAUUUCCGAUGGGUUCUCCAAGAGCGGUUCCGGUAGCAAGGAACACACCAAAAAGACCCGUAAAAUGAAGCCCUCGGAACCGAUUCCGAUCGGAUCGUGCCAUACCGUUUCCGGUCACGAGGCCAUGGACUUGGCCAAGAGGUUGAGCGAGGAACUUGCCGCCCAGCAGCAGGCCGGCAACCAGCGGACCCUAAGUCCGGACGAGCCGCGGGCAGCUCGGUCCUUUGAGCACGGAAAACAUAGCCGUAUAAAAGAUCAUGCACGUUACUGCCACAGUCUGCAGGCCGUUAACAAUCAAGGCAUAACGACAUCUGUCAAGUCCGAAACGGAUCCAGUAUUCGAAUCGGCUACCAAUGAGCUUCCUCUGUAUUCGAUCGACUUCUCACAAAUCCCUAAGACUCCGGAGAACAACAUUCUGGACACUCCGAGGAUGUUCAAUACCAACUCGGUUGCCACGAUCGGCAACGAUCGAUCACGAAUGUCGAUCGCUGCUACCAACGAGCGACCGCUUUCCUGUCAGACCUUGUUCAUGCAUGAGUCCUAUUCGUGCGAUUCGAUAAGCGAGUUCACACCGAACCUAGCCGACCAAGAGCUGUACGUCUCCUCCUUUUCCGAUACGGAUUCGGAGACGUCCCGAUACUACAGUGCCUGUCAUGACUUGGAUCCGUUUCACUAUAGGUAUCCCCUGAGUAGCCGGGCUUUGUCCUACACGUUCUCCAACGAUCCCGAGCGUGACAACCUGUUGAUGCCCUUCAACGGCUACAGUUACAAAUCGAUGCUCUACGCAUCUACGCCUCUCGUUAGCAAGAGCUUCGACGACCUAGACUACUUGACAGAUGUCGAUACGCCACGUAAUCCCGAGAACGGUUCCACUACCACCUUACUCUUCCACGUAAAGCACUCCAGCCCCAGUCCAAGGUCUCAGUCUCAAUCUUUUGCGCGUUCCGCCUCAACCCAUCGCUCAAGAGCGAUCUUCAGUUCCGACAAUCUGACCCUGCUAAGGGUGGCCAGCGAUCCCGGCCUUCCCAUCCGCUCGUCCGUAACCCCCACCAAAGAUCAAUCUGAUUCAGGACCCACAGAAGAACCACCGACUAACACAGACACCGCACAGGACACUAUCACGUUCGUAUCCUUGACCACGCCCCCUCCCGACGAGAGUCCCUACAGUCUCUCGGCGCUCGACCGUGACUUCCAGUCCCUGCUCGAUAGGAUAUUCCCGGUUUCGACGAAUCUCGAGAAGUGUGCCCCCGUCGUCGUUGCUAGUAGUGAUAGUGACCCGGUUACCACACUGACCUUUCCCCUCACCACGACUAACCCCCCGAACAGUAGUAACCUCAGCAGUAACCUUGCACCUAACCGUAAACCUCAUUGUUCGAAACUCGUCAAAUCGUACACUACAGACAGCAGCACGAAUCCGUCCGGCGCGGGCGGUGUCGGUGCUGCCGGCGGCGGUGGUGGUCCCGGUCCGUCCUCUCAUGGGUCGUCCCAUUCGUCCAGCGGCGGCGGUGGCGGUACAGCCGUUAGGCGUCAACGACACAGCAUUGCCGGCCAGAUGAGCUACUUUAAAAUGCUAGGGGGCUUCGGGAAAAAGAUGGCUACCAGCACCAACAGCUUGUUCAGCACCGCGGUCAUCAGUGGCAGCUCGUCGGCGCCCAAUCUGCGGGACAUGAUCCCGAACACGGCGUCCCCGUCAGCAAUUGAAGGAUUCGGUGGGGUGCCUCCGAUCCGCCCGCUCGAGACCCUGCACAACGCCCUGUCGCUGCGCCAGCUGGACAACUUCCUGGAAAAGAUGACCACCGGGCCGCUGUUCAAGACGCCGGCCUCCUCGCCACCGAAGUACCCGUCGACGCCGCUGCCGACGCCCGUUCCCAGCCCGGCCACCAUCCCGGACACGGCGACCCUGGCGCAGGCGAGCUGGAGCGGCCAUUCCAGCAUGACCAGCAGCAUCAGUGCCAUGUCCAGCGGUGGUCCCUCGUCGCCCAACUACAGCGAUAUGUUCUCUCGGGGAUGCCCCAGCAGCGACAUGUCGGCCAGCAUCGCCAGCAACGAUGGAAGUAUCGCACUGGCUGCGUGUGGCGCAAACCGGGACGAGUUACCGCAAAUCUUCCCCAUUAUCGAUAACGACUUGAACGUGUUGGGAUCGCACUUCAACUACGAUCAGCUAGCGGCCAGUAUCAACUUGGAAAGCCCGGCUAGGAUUCCGUCGAUCAGCAAGGAUGCUACCUUGGACAUCAGUGGAGAUUUGACUCCGAUAAGCACGUGUUCGGAUUGGGAAUUCAACACCAACGAUGCUACCAAGGGAUCGACCAAUACGAACAAUGAUCUGAUCACCGAGGAAGACGACGAAGAUGCAACGAUUUCAACGGACACGUGCUUGAGCACUGGUGAUCUGACGAUCGCCGGGGCUGGCGAUGAAACCAAUCCAAACUGCAAUCUUCAGCAUCCAUCAGCAUCGUGCACUGCUUCCGCCGCCGUCGGUGGCAAACAACUGCAAAAGGAAUUGCUGUUCGAUUUGAAAAAUGUCCGCCACGAGUUGAGCAACUUGCGAAGCGAUCUGCCGCCUCCACCGGCUUCGGCUCCACCGGUUCCUCCGGGAGGAGCAACUCCCAAGAUCGAGAAUCGAUUCCGCACCCAUCGGAUUCAGAAGCAGAUCAGUCUGUACGAGAAGGAUACCCAUACGGAAGCGAAGAACCUGAUGCACGAGGUGGAGAAAUUCGGCGAUCGAUCACUGGCUUCCUUGAAACGUGCUACUUCCUGCAGCAGCGGUAGCAGUGAUCACCCUGGCGCUCGGAUGCACAUGUCGUUCGACGAGUUGCAGAAAUACAUUCCAAACAUAGAGAAAAAUCUCGCCAGCAAGCUGGAACUGGAGCAGGAAAAGUGCUCCAAAUCGAGGGGAGGUAUGUCCGGUGGCCGGUUGAAUAACAAUCCUCCGACGCCGGGAGCGCUGGUGAUACGGGAAGGGUUCAUCGAGCCACCCCGGAUUACCAGAGUGACGAAGAGUUUUCACGGCAAAACCGAUCACCAUCAGGUGCAGGUGAAUGAUAUCGCGCGAAGGGCCAGCGAUAUUGUGCGGCCUUCGUCGUCGACUUCCACGUUGGUUGCGCCCGGAAGCGGAGCAGCUCGGGUGGAGCUGGGAGGAGCUCGAGAUACCGCCGCCAACCGGUACAACAAGAAUCAAAUCCGGCAGAACAUCAACACAAAUGCCAUUGGUGCUGUUAGAAUGACGGACGUCCCCGGUAAUGUUCCGACGGCUGCUGCUGGAUCAGCCGCGGUUGUAGGUAGUAGUAGGUUUACGACGUUAAUUGUUCCUGAAGGAAAUACCGGUAGUAGUGUGACUCAAUCCGAUAGUGGUAGUGGAUCAUCGGUGUUACCACCCGCAAGGGAAUCGAUUAGUGGUGCUUUAGAACUUAGGGAGGAAAGUAGUUACAAUCAAUCUGAUCGAAAGAAUUAGACCAGUGAUUCGGUGUCGCAGAACAAAAGAAAAAGUCGUUAGUGCUGUGUUUAGUGAUCGUGAAGAAAGUAUUGAAGAGAUAGCUAUUUAUUCUAAAUAUAUGUUACCAAAGUUAGAAACUCAA